ACGCUUCACACGACAUUUGUUGACUGGACACGUCGACAGACACAGUUGUAAGUCGCACGCUCAAUCGUGAAAAGUUGAUCAAAUGAGAAUCUAAUAGUGAUAGCGAUAAUAGUGACUGUGAUUUGUGUUCCCUUACAUUUGCCAACGUGAAAAAGUUGACGUGAUUUUACGUUAAAUCGUUCAUAUUGGCCUUGUCUCCACUAUCACUCCAUAUCGAAUAGUUUAAAAACAGUUGGGACCCAUCACGCCAGAAAGUUGAAGUGGAGAGACUUUGAGAAUAAGCGAAAUCACUUUCAAGCAUUGCCGAGCGAGAGUGAAGCGGAAUAAAACGCGAAUAUUUUCUCUUUCUAGUCGCAUUAAUACGUUAAUGAAAUGAGUCCAAUUAAAAUUAAGGGCAUCGGCAAAAGAACCUUGAAAAAAACGGAAGAAAAAAAUGAAUAUGGCAUUCUCCAACGCUUCAAAGAGAUUGAAAAAGGCAUCUGGGAAGGUGAUCCACCCGACAAAGAGGACCCGACGAGGGUUUUUAUAGACGGACUCAUCAACAUUAUAAGCGAAAUUCGCUAUCCACCGAAGGGAAAGGGAAAAGAAGAUGCCCAAAAAGAAGUAGAAAAUGCAAAUGAAUUGGUUGAGAAGGUUGAAGAAUUGACUAGAGGAAAAAUGAUCGCAAAAGACAGCCGAAAGACGACCGCCGACAUCGUGAAGGGAUUGAAAAUCAAAUCAGGCGAUCCAGCUAAAUUCGAAACGUUUUUCUGCUGUCUCCUGAUGGCCGAUUCUUUAGAACCGAAGAAGGGUGACGUUUUUUCCGGAGUUUUCAAGAGUUGGGAUCGGUUACAGAAGCUGGACCAAGUUGGCGACACUGAAUUGAAAAAUUUCUUCAAGACAGAAACUGCUAAGAUAGAUCGAAAAGAACGGACGCAAAAUGUAAAAAAAGGAUUCCAAGGCAUGAUUUCAUUGAUUUCUGAGGCCGGAAACGAAAAUAAAGCCCUUGAAAUGGGAACAUUGCAUAAAUUUUGUGUAAAUGAGGAAGCCAUUCGAGAUAAGUUUUAUAAACUGUUCACAAACUGUCAGAUCAAAAGACCAGACUUUACUCACUGUUACGUGAGCGUAAAAAUAAUCCUGUCGGAGUUCGUCAAAAUCCUAGAACAUCACCUGCAAUGGGAAGUUGAGGACGUCGAGAAGAUGCUAAGAGUUUUCGGCCUUUCACCGCCAUCAUUUGAAACCGAAAAUCAAAAUGGGACCAAUCGUCUUCAAAAACAACUUGCCAAUUCAUGGAACCAAGUCAAAAAUAAACUCAACGAUCCUGAAAAAGAAUGGAAACAAUUCACCGAGAGCCCCAAAGUGACGACACCUGAUGAUGCGACAGACAGUAGCAGCAACCACGACCAAAUUAAAUGCCUUCAAAUUAACCUGAAUAGGAGCGAAAAAGCAUGGGAAAAUCUAAUUCUUCAAUGGUUAGCAAAAGAAAAAGUUGACGUUGUUUUCAUUCAAGAACCGUAUCUCAACAAAAUCGGCAACGAACAAACUAACGACUGCUGCUACUACUUCCCCGGCCUACCCAAAAAUUACCGGGCAGUUCAUAACAAUUACUUGAUGGGCAAAGACAAAAAAUCGAAAUAUGGUUACAGUGCGACCAUACUUGUUCACGUCGGCGUCAAAUUCGAGCGCAUCCUUCCGAUGGCUGCACCAAGCGACAACUAUCCGACAACAUCGACAACUAUCAGACAACAUCCGCAAGAGCUGAUGGUCGGCAUCCGAUUGACUGGAAAUGGAUGGGAUGGUGUUACCUUGUUCUCCAUCUACUGCCGGCCAAGUAGAAGUCUUCGAUCGCUCUUGAAGCCAUUGCGUUCGUUGGGCAAUCACGACAUGACGGUCCUCUGUAUGGACGCCAACGCCACACAUCCGAAGUGGAGUCCAAAUUGGGAGGACAAUGGUUUCUACUCGGGACGGGGCGAAGACCUAGAAGAUUUCCGAGCGUUUUGCGAUCUCCAAGUGGCGAAUAGAAAUCUGGAGGACAGAAAGAAACCAAUUAAAAAACAAGCCACAUCUAAAGAGAAUGAAGGGGACACAAGCGAUGAAGAUAAACCAGAAACAAAAAACGAUCUCGAGAAAAAUUCUAAACACAUUGACGUGACUCUUUACGGAACUAAAUUAAGCAUCGAUGAUUGGGAGAGACUUAAAGACGAAUCUUUAUCUGACCAUCGUUACAUCACUUUUUCUAUUAGAAAUUACCCUGGCGAAAAUUCAAAGAAAUCGUCGACUCUUCUGAGCGCAUUGGGUGGCGGAAGUAUGUCCUGUUUUGGGAAAAAACCCAAAAGGCCAUCAGUUGGACACCUCGCUGACCAAUGAAGAAUAGUUACUUUAAAUUGUCAAUUGUUUUAUUUUGGUACGAGACGUUUUGUACCCCGUAGCAUUUAAUUUCCUGUGAGUACGAGAAUGAGCUUAUUGUUAUACCAGUGACGUCAUUUUACAAAAUUAUUAAACGUUGAACAAAAAUGAA